CAGGGUUCGAAGAUGGCGGCGCGCAAGGGUAGGCGGCGCACGUGUGGCCCCGGGGAACCCAUGGAGGCCGAGUCCAACGACGCAGGGACCGAAGGCCCGCCCCAGGUCUACCUGCCCGGGCGGGGACCGCCGCUGCGCGAAGGAGAGGAGCUGGUCAUGGACGAGGAGGCCUACGUGCUGUACCACCGAGCGCAGACUGGCGCCCCCUGUCUUAGCUUCGACAUAGUCCGUGAUCACCUGGGAGACAACCGGACAGAGCUUCCUCUUACACUUUACCUGUGCGCUGGGACCCAGGCGGAGAGCGCCCAGAGCAACAGACUGAUGAUGCUUCGGAUGCAUAAUCUGCAUGGGACAAAGCCCCCACCAUCGGAGGGCAGCGAUGAGGAGGAGGAGGAAGAAGAUGAAGAGGAUGAAGAAGAGCGGAAACCUCAGCUGGAACUGGCUAUGGUGCCACAUUAUGGCGGCAUCAACCGAGUCCGGGUGUCCUGGCUGGGCGAGGAGCCGGUGGCCGCUGUCUGGUCAGAGAAGGGCCAGGUGGAGGUGUUUGCCCUGCGGCGGCUUCUGCAGGCGGUGGAUGACCCUCAGGCCCUGGCGACCUUCCUCCGGGAUGAGCAGGCCCGGGUGAAGCCCGUCUUUGCCUUCGCGGGCCAUAUGGGCGAGGGCUUUGCCCUGGACUGGUCGCCCCGUGUGUCUGGGCGCCUGCUGACCGGGGACUGUCAGAAGAACAUCCACCUCUGGACGCCUACGGAUGGCGGGUCCUGGCACGUGGACCAGCGGCCGUUCGUGGGCCACACGCGCUCUGUGGAAGACCUGCAGUGGUCCCCGACUGAGGACACGGUGUUCGCCUCUUGUUCUGCCGACGCCUCCAUCCGCAUCUGGGACAUUCGGGCCGCCCCCAGCAAGGCCUGCAUGCUCACCACCGCCUCCGCCCAUGACGGGGACGUCAACGUCAUUAGCUGGAGUCGCCGGGAGCCCUUCCUCCUUAGCGGCGGGGAUGACGGGGCCCUCAAGAUCUGGGACCUGCGGCAGUUCAAGUCUGGCUCCCCGGUGGCCACCUUCAAGCAGCACGUGGCCCCCGUGACCUCUGUCGAGUGGCACCCCCAGGACAGUGGCGUGUUCGCGGCCUCGGGCGCAGACAACCAGAUCACGCAGUGGGACCUGGCCGUGGAACGGGACCCCGAGGCGGGCGACGCGGAGAGCGACCCUGCCCUGGCAGACCUCCCCCAGCAGCUCCUGUUCGUGCACCAGGGCGAGACGGACCUGAAGGAGCUGCACUGGCACCCGCAGUGCCCCGGGGUCCUGGUCAGCACCGCCCUGUCCGGCUUCACCGUCUUCCGCACCAUCAGCGUCUGAGGAGGCCGGCCGUGCCCUCACUCGGGGACCGACUCGGGGACCGAAGGUCGGGCUGGCUCCCCUGGAAGGGCCGCACACGUCCGGACCUGUGUCCCGGCCUCGCCGGGUAGAGGGACGUCAUCUGGGCCAUGUGCUGCCGUCGCCGUGGCUUCUUGGCCGCGCUGUUCUCGCAGAGGACUCGGUGUGGUCCCUGGACCCGUCUUGCCGAAGGCUGUGCUUUGAUCCGUGACUCAGAAAACCCAGUGACCCUUGGCUUUGACUCGGUGUCCCCUCUCUCCAGAACACUUGGCUUCGCCCUGGGACCCCCGCCUGUCCGACGACUCUGGCCUGUUUCCCAGGUGAGCCUGGCGUGGCCUUGUGUCGCCAUGGACGCUUUGUAAGCUGCGGACCCGGCCUCGGCUGCCGGCCUCCCCCAGGGGAGCUCGAGCACUUUCCGGGGCGUGGGUUCCCCUAGCAGAACCCGGUGUGGCUCUGUGUGUGCCCGCCGUCGCAGUUGGGCCAGGACUUCCCAGCGGGGACCGCGCGGGUCUGCCCUCCCUCCCGCGGCCCAGGCAGGCGCCACGUGGGAAGGAAGGGCAGGGGCUCCUGACGCAAUAAAGAACCAGAAUGAGGCCCAAUGGGUGUGAGACUCAU